GUUCAUUCUACCAAAACUAGAACUUGAGAGCACAGGUCUUCUUAGAUCUUGGAGUAUAGAAUGUAAAUCUUCCGGAUGUAUAAUUCAUAUCAUUGGUUCUUGGGACGCUGGAAUUUUAGAUAA